UAUGAUUGUUGGAUAUUCUGUCAGAAACUACCAAUUAAUAUACUCCGUACUAUUUUUUUUUUUUUCCCUGUAUAUAUCACUUUUGGAUAUAACUACCAUUUGGAUAUAACGGAUUCCAUCCAAAUUCUCUGUUUGCCCCAAAAUAUACUUUGCAUAAAUGAAACCCACAAAAACACGUUACAUAUGAUAUGGGAACAUUUUUUUUUUUUAAUCUUGCAAGGAAAUCAAGGAAUACAAAUGGGACCUUCAUCAUGAAAUUUUAAUUUAGACAAAUUUCCCCUAGGAAAAACUCUUUCAUUAUUUUGGAUACUCGUAAAUCCUUUCAUAAACAAAGGACCAAUCUUAUAGUUUUAUCAACUAAGCGUCUAAGCAUAAUCAACUUGGUUUUCUCUAAAAUCAAGUAAUCAAUAUUUCAGAAAAUGGAGAUAGGAACAGCUGUAUCUAAUGUUGAUUCUCUGAGUGCAACACUGAAUUAUCUACGGGGCAAAGAGUUUCCAUCCUUGCAUGACUGCAAAUCCCAGAUUGAUAGACUCUUAGUUGCUGUUUCCGCUGCGAGAGAUGUGUUCCUCCAAGUUGCUGAUGCACAUGAGCUCUCUGAACCACAACGUUCAUGCAUCAUGGAGCUCGAAGGUGCUGUCUCUGAUGCAAAUAGGCUGCUCGAUAAUGUUGUCAGUCGUGCUGAUCGGAUUCAACCUGGGAUGGUUGGAGGCGGUCUCUCAAAAAAGGUGCGUCUCUUCUGUUCCCGUCUCAAUCCUCACUGGGUUGCUUACUCCAUUUCUCGAGAGGUUCAGAAACUCAGGGACAAGUUUGAUCGUAUUCUCACUAAUACUUGUGGUAUUGCUCCUAAUAAUAAGCCGAUACGAGAGCCUCAGAUGUGUUCAUACACGUGUGAAGACUCCUAUCCCAUUGGAAGAGAGGAUGAUGUGGAGAAAGUCGUUGGUAUGCUGCUUGAUCCUUCCAAUGUUCAACGUGAUGUGUCUUUCCUUUCUAUUGUGGGUAUUGGAGGCUUGGGCAAAACUAUUCUUGCCCGGCUUGUGUUCAACGACCCAAGGGUCACAGAUGUAUUUUCAUUGAAGAUGUGGAUUUGUUUCACUACUCAAGAUCAGAAACAGUUGGACAUUGAUGGGAUUCUGCAAAAGAUUUUGGCAUCAGCCACUCGCCAAAAUCACGAGGGCGCCACUUGCCAAAAUCACGAGGGUUCCACCAUGGAUCAGGUGAAAAGCCAACUUCGAGGACAACUAGCCCGCCACAGGUACUUGCUUGUUUUAGAUUACGUAUGGAUUGACAAUGGUGAUCAAUGGCGUGAUUUGGUAAAACACUUGGAUGGAGGUCAAUGGGGAAGUUGUGUCUUGGUGACUACACGUUCAAAACUAACUGCAGAAAUUAUAGGGGCUGAUCAUAUGCAUAUGCUGCCAAUCUUGUCAGAGGAAAAUUCAUGGCGCUUGUUAAAAAUGUUAGCCUUUGGAAGUGAGAUCAAUACUCCCGAUAAUUUGGUUGGGGUUCGACAAAAGAUUGUUAAUAACUGCGCUGGACUACCUCUUGCAAUAAGAGUAGUAGCAAGUCUUUUGGGUGAUCAAGACAAGAGUAAGCCGCAAUCAUUAGAGGAAAUUGGAUCAGCCGCCAUCAGGGAGAGCAUGGAUGUCAUCAUGGCCGUGGACCAUUAUCAUCAUCUUGAAUCUCCGUUGAAGAGUUGCUUCAGUUAUUGUUACUUGUUUCCCAAGGAUUUUGAGAUAGAGAAAGAGAAGUUGAAAAGCCUUUGGAUGGCACAAGGCUAUAUAGUUCCAUUACAUGAAGAUCAAAGUAUAGAAGAUGCAUGUGAGGAAUAUUUUUCGAUGUUAUUGAAUAGAUCUAUUUUCCAAGACAUAAAAUAUGAUAACUAUAGUCAGAUCGUGUCUUGUAAGAUAAAUGAUAUCAUGUAUAAUAUUUCUCAACAUGUCGCGGGGAAGGAAAUGUGUGUAAUGAAUACCAUUUGUGGCAAGCUUGAUAAAGAUGUGCGCCAUCUAUCAGUUAUCGGGGAGAAGUUUGACGAAUACACUUUGGGUAAAACACAUAUUCAUUCAUAUCUUCAUUUAGAUUAUGAUGGUAUUCAAGUUGGCAAGGUGAGCAAGUCAUACUUGGAGUCUUUGGUAGCAAAUUGCCUGAACCUGAAGGCAUUAGACCUGAGUGGGUUAAUUUUUGAAAGCUUGCCAGACUCGGUUUGUAAAUUGUUAGAGUUACGGUAUUUAAAUAUCUCUGGGAAUACAGAGAUGAAAUUUCUCCCAAAGUCAAUUGCCGAACUACGUAAUCUACAAACCUUGAUCUUAAGGCGGUGCCACACACUGAAAGAGUUGCCAGCAGAACUGAUCAGGUUGGAUAAUCUCAGGUUGUUGGAUAUCAGGUAUUGCUUCAGUUUGACUUGCAUGCCUAGGGGCAUGGGUGCGCUGACUUACCUUCACAAUCUAAGUGAUUACAUAGUGGGCGGUGAACAUUGGAAUCAGUUGUUGGACGACCUAAAGCCUCUUCUCAACCUUAGAGGCUGUCUUAACAUCCAUAUCAGGUGGCCCAAAAAUGUCAAAGUUGCUGAGGAAGACAGAGAACAAGAUGGAUUAUGCUUGGGGAAUACGGAGCAUCUCAAUGCUAUUUUGUUUGAUUUCAUCCAUGAUGAGGCUGAUGGAAGCGUGGGUACUGAGGAAGCAAAAAGAUUGAUAGAAAAGCUACAACCGCAUCAUAAUUUGAAGUAUUUAGAGGUGAAGAAAUACCAUGGUCUGAGAAUGCCUGGUUGGGUGACUCUUCUUUCGAAUCUUGUAAAGCUUCAUCUUACAGAUUGUAGGGAGCUUACGUACCUGCCUUGCCUUGGAAACUUGCUUUGUUUGAAAGUUCUCAGACUUAUAAUGUUGGCUAAUUUGGAGUGUAUUGGGGAAGAUAGUCCAUCGGUUGAUUCCAGUUCCACAUUUAUGCCGCAAUUAUCAAUUACAGGAUUACCAUAUCUACCACCCCUUGAAACACUUGAGAUGAGCAAUCUGCCGAAAUUGAAAGGAUGGAGGAGAGGAGUGGAAGAUGAUCAUCAGUUCCUCAAUGACAGUAGCAGCAAUAAGGCAGAUUUGCAAUUACUACCAUGUUUUUCUGACCUGAAAUCUUUGUUCAUAUGGAACUGUCCGGAGCUGACAUGCUUUCCGUCUUGUCCCAAGAUGGAAGACCUGACAUUACUUAAUUUUAAUAGCAGAAUGCAAAUGAUUAUAAACUGUGAAAGGGAUGUGAACUUAGAAGUGGUCAUUCCCUUUGCAUCUUCUUCGUCGUGGUCACCUCACUCUGAACAUUUGUCUGCAAUUAAGAAGGUGACUAUAUCCAAUGUGUCAUGGCUAAAUUCAGUUCCUGUAGAGGCUUUUCAGUUUGUUGAAAGCCUAGAAAUAUGGGGUAACAAGGAACUGGGGAGCCUGGGAGAAGCUGAAAAUGUUUUCCGUGGCUGCUCGUCUUCCCUGAGAUACUUGAUGAUUAGCAAUUGCUGUACUUUGCGGAGUGUUGUGCCUGGAGGAUUGGAGCAUCUCACUGCCUUAGAGAAGCUAGAGAUAAGGAAUUGUAAUAACCUGAGGAUAUCAGAAGAACACCAAGAGGAGGGUGUGAAGUGUAUUGGCAUCGCCAUAAACGACAUCCUGCCAUUGCCUUCCAACCAUCAUUCCCUCCGCACAUUGACAUUACAUGGUCUCCCACAGCUGGUGAAUCUACCUAACUGGAUGCAGUUCCUGCCCGCCCUUCAAUCUCUUGAAAUUUCAUUUUGCAAUCGACUCAAGUCAAUGCCAAAUUGGAUGCCCAAUCUCCAAUCUCUCACUCAUCUUACAGUGUCCGGGUGUUCAAAAAACCUGGAGAGAAGAUGCCAACAAGAUCCUCCAGGGAAGGACUGGCCUUACAUUAAACACAUCCCAAACAUCCAAUUUCAAGAAUGUUUUUACUAAGAUUUUGCUGCUCUCCCUGUAUUCACUUACCGUGGCUACUCCAGAUGUGUCUUUCCUUGC